AUGGACCAGCAACCGAGCGGGCAUUCGUCUCCGCUGCACGAUGCGACCAUCGAACAGACGAAAAAUAUGCUUGAAAAUAUCUCUUUAAUGUCAAAGAUUCAGGACCAUACUGGCCAUGACGAUGGUGCCAAAAAGCCGCUUCGAAUUGAAUCAUUGAAUCCCGCGUUGUUGCCCGAUAAUGACGCUGCGACAACGACCUCAACAUCCCAGAAGAGGCUAAUUAUCAUCGGCGAUGUGCAUGGCUGCAAAGCUUCGUUGGAUGCAUUGUUGGAGAAGUUAUCCUUUGCACCCGAUCAUGAUCAUCUUAUCUUCACCGGGGAUCUUAUCAAUAAAGGUCCUGAUAGCCUUGGGGUUGUCGAUCUGGCACGGAAUUACUCGGCCUCCUCAGUGCGUGGGAAUCAUGAGGAUAGGAUUCUACGAUUACGCCAGGAGAUGGUCGCACAGAGCGAGGAGUCGUCAAGUACUGAGGAUGAAAGUGAGUCGGAAGAAAAGGAAGAACAAGAGAAAGGAAAGAUAUCAGAGAAAAAGGAGGAGAAAGAGAAGAAGGAGGAAAAGAAAGAGAAGAAGGAGGAAAAGAAAGAGAGGAAGGAGAAGAAGAGAGAUAAAAAGGAUAAAAAAGAAAAGAAGAAGGAAAAAAAGGAGAAGAAAGAAAAGAAAAAAGAUACGAAGGACAAAAAGAAAAAGGAUAAGAAAGACAAGAAAGGAAAAGACAAGGGAGGAGGCAAAGAAGCACGUGAACGCGGCCUGGCACUCCAACUCAGCGACGACCAGGCGCAAUGGCUCGAGUCCUGUCCGAUGAUCCUCAAACUGGGAUGGAUUCGCGGCAUGGGCGAGGUAGUCGUGGUGCACGCAGGCUUACUCCCGGACAUUGAGUUGGAGAAGCAAGAUCCGUGGAAUGUUAUGAAUAUGCGGUCUAUUGAAUUUGAAAAGAAAAAGGUGCUCGAUUCGCAUCAGGGGACCAUGUGGACCAAGUUAUUCAACAAGCACUACUCAACUGUAAUGAGCAACAAGGUUGACCCAACAGUGUCCACAAUGACGGUCAUCUAUGGCCACGACUCAAAAACGGGCCUUGCCAUAAGCGAUUAUACUAAAGGCCUAGACUCGGGUUGUGUCAAAGGGGGAAAGCUCACGGCUCUGGUGAUCGAAACUGGUGGAAAACAGAGUCUUGUACAGGAGAAAUGCCGUGAUGAUGUUAAGGAGUAG